UCUUCUUCUUUUUUUUUUUUUUUUUAAUUACAUUAGCAAAUCUGAAAGCCAACAGGUGAAAUAAUAUCUUUAAAACAACAUUUAUUUAUCGUUGUUUCUCCUCUAUAUCUAUUCACGCGACAACUCCGUGUUAUUUUCUGGUUGUCCAGUCCACAUGAAAUGUGUGCUUUGUGUUUAUAAUCUGUGGAUUAUUUUCUCGCCGCGGUUAUAGUUCAGGCAGAACCCCCAGCCCGGUUACUUUUUUAUGACCCUAACGGCGAUUCUUUGAAUUUGUUGCGGUGCGGCGAACUCCGCUGGAAGCUAACGAUGCGUGCUAGCUGUUAGCAUGCUAGCUGUUAGCAUGCUAGCCGCGUGAGUUUGUGGUGGGCUAAACGUCCGGCAGACGGUGAUGGACGACGGCGGGGCGAAGAAGCACAACUGGGACGUGAAGGAGACCGAGCUGUUUCUGGAGAUCCUCAAGGAGCUGGACAUCGAGAAAUGCCUGGACGGCAGGAAAGUCCGGAAUAACAAGGUGUUCAAAGUGGCGCACCGGCGGAUGACGGCGGCCGGUUACCACAGAUCCGUGGACCAGUUAAAGAUCCGCUGGAAGCUGCUCAAAAGUGCCUACUACAGGUGUAAGAGGCAGCCGGAGUCCAGGAUCCAGGGCUGGUGGCGCUAUGAGAAGACCAUGGUGGAGAUCAUGGAGUCCAGACUGGCUCCUCUGGUCGAAACCGGGUUGGAUUCAGACAGGAAGGAUGAAGUGACGGAGGACUCUGAUGGAGAAGCGUCCACGCUGCCCUGGUCCCGGUCAUGUCCGGAUAACGGCCCCCAGAACCUGGAUUUGGACGUGGGACUCACUGUGGACAAAAUCAAACUGGACCCUGACAUGGACUCGCAGCUGAGGAUUGGUUUCAUCGGUGCAGGGAACAUAGCGUUCGGCAUAGCAACAGGCAUCUUGUCUGGAAGUGUUCUUCCUGGAAAUGUUAAAGUGAGUGCGCCAUCCUCCAGGAACCUGAGACGUUUCCAGGAUCUUGGGAUCGCCAUCACGCACUCCAACACUGAGGUGGUUUGUAGUACCGACAUGGUCUUUCUGGCGGUCAAACCCCACCUGGUUCCGCCUGUCCUCAAUGAGAUCUCCCACCACGUCACUAAAAGACACAUAAUUGUCUCUGUUGCAGCAGGAGUGACGCUAGCGACGCUGGAACAGCUCCUGCCGGAGAAUUCCAUCGUCAUGAGGCUGAUGCCGAACCUGCCGUGCGUGCUUCAGGAAGGAGCUCUGCUCUUCACGAGGGGAUCCCAGGCUAAACCGGAGGACGGUGCCCUCCUUCGCUCCUUGUUGCUUCACUGUGGUUUGGUGGAGGAGGGACCUGAGACCUGGAUUGACAUCCACACUGGAUUGAGCGGGAGCGGCGUUGCUUUUGUGUAUCUGUUUGCUGAAGCUCUAGCAGACGGUGCCGUCAAGAUGGGCAUGCCGAGUGCUCUCGCCCAUAGCAUCGCAUCCCAAACUGUUCUGGGCGCCGGCCGUCUGUUACGUGACUCCGGUAAGCAUCCCGCUCAGCUUCGAUCUGAGGUCUGCACUCCAGGCGGAACGACCAUCUACGGGCUGCAUGCGCUGGAACAGGGCGGCGUGCGUGCCUCGGCCAUGAGCGCCGUGGAGGCCGCCACCGAGAGAGCUAGGGAGCUUGGCCGGGCCUCAUCGGCGGCAGGAUCCAGGAACUGACGCUGUUUUAAAAAAAAAAACAAAAGAAACACAAAGGCAGAUCAUGACUGUUUUUUAUUUAUUUUUCUACUUUUAAAUUGCAGCUUUUGCGAUAAGAGAGCGAUCCGGUUAGUUUUGCUCAAGACAAGAAGUUGGGGGGGGCACCAGACUAUUAUGUUUAUGCAAUUAUGCUCAUAGUUGGAGUAAUCAUAAUAAUUAGGUAUGGCUGAAAUAAUUUUUUUGUUGUUGGACAAAUUAAGAUAUUCAUAAUGGAAUCAUCUAAUUCUGACCGUACUCAUGUCUUAGUGUAACACAAAGCCCAGAAACAUAUUCACUCAUUUUCAACUGUUUACUCCAAUUAACGGUCCCGGGGGGGGGGGGGGGGGGGGAGCUGGAGCCUAUUCCAGCAGUCAUGGGGCGUGAGGCAGGAUUCAUCCUGGACAGGUCACUAGUCUGUCGCAGGGCCACAUACAGACAAACACUCCCAUGGUCAAUUUAAAGUUUCCAGUCCACCUAACCUGCAUGUCUUUGGAUGGUGGGCGGAAGCCGGAGCACCCGGAGGAAACCCACACAAACACGGGGAGAACAUGCAAACUCCACACAGAAAGGCCCCAGGUGGGAAUCGAGCCCAUGACCACCUUGCUGUGAGGCAACAGUGCUAACCACUAAGACACUGUGCUUCCCCAAGAAAAAUACUGAUGAUCAUUAAUGCAAAGUUUUCAUAAAGUGUUGUGUUAACAUUUUACUUUUAUUAUUUUGUAACUUUUAUGGUAGGAAAUAAACAUUUGCGAUUUCUAAGUUCCAGCACUUAGAAUAGCCUGUUUUUUUUUUUUGUUUUUUUUUUAAAACAAAAGUGUCAAAAAUCUAGUUAAUUGAUUGGCUCAGUAUAUAAUGUAAAAUGUGAAUAAAACCGUGUAAAUGCCUUUUAAAGUGAAAGAAAUUAUUGUU